AGAGAAUUCUUAUGAAAAGAAACGGAUUAUUUUAUUUUAUUUUUGUUUCCAUUCAAAGAAAAACCGCUUAAAUAAACAGCACCUUUCAUGACUCCACGAAAGUGUGAUUCCCGGCAUCAUUUCCUUAACCCUGUAGGAAAAACCUGUUCGAUCUUUAACAGGAUUACUAUAUAAUACCGUGACGUUCGCGGUUUUCUAAUUUUUUUUCGUUUCCGUAAAAUCCUCCAUCGUUAUCUCCCUGUUGUGGCGUCUCGUACGCGCUCUCUCUUUCUGAUCCUCUUUUUUCAAAAAUUCUUUGUAAUCUCCUUCCACUUUCGUUGGAUUUGAUGCUCUUUUGGUGUCUGAUUAGCAGUUGAAUUUGGGAACUUUGUUUCUCUUCGAAUUAAAGGUCUUUUGUAGGAGCAUACAGCUUGUUUCUAUUUGUGAAAGGUUGCAGAACUGAUGUUAACCCACGGGCAAGAUCCUGAUGUUGUACGUUGGGGCCUGAAUCUUCUUGAGGGUGAUCCCUUUUCUAAUUCUGGGUAUUGUGGAACUGUGACUCAAAAUGACAUCGUUUACUAUGAAGGGAACUAUGGAAACGAAAAUCAUUAUGACACUCAGCAGCAUAGCAAUGUAGAAAUUUAUCAUUAUGACACCCAGCAAUGUAGUAAUGUAGAGAAUGAUGAGAUUAUAGCACAUACUCUUCAAGAAGAACUAUCACAACUAGCAGUUGCAGAAGCAGCUGGAUCAUCUUCUCAUGUAGAGGAGGCUAAUUUUCAAGCAUCUAUUCUUGCUCAGGACUGGCUGGGUCCAUCCACACAUUAUACUUCUGUGCAUGAGAAUGUCCAGGAAGAGGGAAAUGAUGUGGGGCCUUCUAGUUCAUGUUCUAGCCCAGAAGAAAAACCGUAUAAUGGGGAAGAUUGGUUCUCUACACUAGAGCUAACAGAUGAAUCUGGUCUUGAUGGUGAAGUAGGGAAGAGGUUGUAUCAGAUGGUUCCCAUUCCUCAUGUUCCUAAAAUCAAUGGGGAAAUACCAUCAGUUGAUGAAGCGACUUCAGAUCAUCAAAGGCUGCUUGACAGAUUGCAGCUGUAUGAUUUGAUUGAGCUUAAGGUUCAAGGAGAUGGUAACUGCCAGUUUCGGGCAUUAUCUGAUCAGUUCUAUCGAAGUACUGAGCACCACAAGUUUGUCAGGCAGCAAAUCGUUAAUCAGCUGAAGUCUCAGCGAGAGAUGUACAAAGGAUAUGUUCCUAUGGAGUAUGGUGACUACUUGAAGAAGAUGUCCAAGUCUGGCGAAUGGGGGGAUCAUGUCACUUUGCAGGCUGCUGCAGAUUCGUAUGGAGUUAAAAUAUUUGUCAUAACAUCUUUUAAGGAUACCUGUUACAUCGAGAUUAUCCCCAGUGUUCAGAAAUCAGCUCGAGUUAUCUGCUUGAGCUUUUGGGCUGAGGUUCACUACAACUCCAUAUAUCCGGAAGGAGAUGUUCCAGCAUUUGAAACUAAAAAGAAAAGAAGGUGGUGGAUCUUUGGAAAUAAGCAUUAGUUGAGGAAUAAAUGAUAAACUUAUACGGCUCUGUUUGUAAAUUACUUUAGUUUGUGUCAUAUUAUACUUCCAUAAAAGAAACUUCUGUUCCUCAUGUUGAUGCUCUAAUGGUUCGUGUUUAUCAGGGUAAAUUUUAUGGAGCCAUUGUUCAACUGCACUGUGAUGUAAUGGUGGAGUUGUAAAGGCGCGCAUUUCUCUUUGUUAUUUCCCCCCUGCUUUGCAGUGCAGCUCUUACCUGUAUAUAUGCUCACCAGUCAUUACACCCCGUGUAUGAUUUUCUUUC